AUGUCGAUCAAGCCAAAAUGGCUGCGAGAUAUCGCUUCCCUAGUCUUCACCGUCUACUAUCUGAUCGCGGCCGAACAGGCGGAUGAGAAGGUUCGGAAAGUCCGGGGCACAUUGACCCUCGAGCACCUACGUGUUUCAUGGAAUAAAGCAACCACGCCGUAUCUGUGGACGAUGGCAAAACUACUGCGUCCUCGACUAACCCGGUAUUCGGCCCGGGCAAUUCGCAUUCCGCGACCAAAGCACUCAGUCCACAAAGAUCCCGUCAAUGCAUGGCUUUACUUUGAUGGACCACUAAGUGCGUUGCGCGACCAGAAGUGCCUAGUCUUGGAUAUUCCUGGUGGUGGCUUUGUCGCUAUGGGCCCUCGCAGUUCAGAGGACAAAUUACUCUCCUGGGCGGGACAACUUAAAGUUCCGGUACUGAGUGUCGAUUACAAAAAGGCACCCGAAUAUGCCUACCCCUAUGCACUCCAUGAGUGCUAUGACGUCUAUCAUACCAUAAUGGCUACUAAUGGGCGCUGCUUGGGAAUGAGCGGCUCAGAACGCCCGCGCAUAGUCGUGACUGGCGAGAGCGCCGGUGGCAAUCUUGCUGUUGGAUUGACUUUGAUGGUUCUUCAAUCGGCUAUGGCGCAGGGCUGGAAAGGCGAAGAAGUACUACCAAAACCUGAUGGUCUGGUUUUAGCAUACCCUGCGCUCAACGUGAGAGUUGAAAGUUGGAUGACCGAUGAGCAGAUGGCCCUGAUCCAAGACAAGAGUACACGGCAAACGAAUAGCGGUAUUCUCCAGAGAAAGCAAGAUCAGUACCGCAAGCUCACCCCGUUCACUUCCCCUGGUCAUUCGGUUGAAGACCUGACCAAGCUCCCGUCGGAGGAAAAGCAGAAAGAGGAGGCAAAUAAUGUUGCCGCAGAAGCCUCAAAGGCACUUCGGGACAAAAUCAAAAAGAGUGAGGAGAUCAAUGGGAAGAAGGCUGUACAGCCCAGUGUAGACCAGGUUCAACCACUCAAAACUCGUCUUGCGGUUUCGUCAAUGAUAUCAUAUGUCCACGAUCGAAUCUUGACGCCAGAAAUGAUGCGAGCUAUGAUCAUUCUUUACAUCGGGCCCCAUCAUCGUCCUGACUUUAACACUGAUUUCUACCUAUCACCGGUUCUAGCACCCGAUGCUCUACUGGCGGCCUUUCCAAAGACUUACAUCUUGACGGGAGAGCGUGACCCACUUGUCGAUGACACUGUUAUCUUUGCUGGACGUCUUCGCCAAGCUAAACUGCACCUUUUCCAUGAACGUCAAGAUCUUGGCCUCGAAAAGUCUCAACGCCAGUUCAACGAAAAGGAUCACGUAGAGGUAUCCUUGAUCCCAGGUGUUUCUCAUGGCUUCAUACAAAUGGCUGGAUUCUUCCCCGACGCUUGGAAGUAUAUCAAUCGCAGCGCGAAGUGGAUUGAGUCUAUCUUCGAGUCGGCGGACCUUCAUGAAUCGGAAUAUAGUCUCCUACAGCUAUCCCACGCAUCCAACGCCACAUCUGAGAAGCGGAAGGGGCCAUACAAAGCGAGUUGGCAGACAAACGGUCAUUCUAGACACCACCACCGCAAUCUGACUGCAGAGUCUUCUGCAGACGAAGAUAGACCUCUGGAAAUGGGCCUGAGCAAGUUGACGUCGCUCCCUGAAAAUGAAAACGCUACCGCCAGUUCGAGUUUACUCGCACGCCGGAAAAUAUCACGGUCAUCAUUCUCAUCGUCCCAGCUCAAAAGUGGCCUCGCAAACCUCGACGAUAGCACAGGCAGUGGAAGUGAUUUCUUGGCGAAGCUUAAGAGGCUAGAGAUGACCGCCAACCACGAUACAUUCCACCCUGAUGAGGUUAACAGUGCUCCCGAAAGUCCAUCGGCGUUUCGCCCGCGAGGUAAGAGUAUAGCUUCACUCGAUAGUGAAGAAGAUCUACUUGAUCGAAGAAUGAAUGGAAUCGCUGGUGGGCUCAUGGGGUUGGGCGAAGGAGCUCAAACUCCAGGUCUUUGA